ACAUUUGGGCAGUUCAAAGGGGAGCUUUAUGGCUAUAUAUGUACAUACUUUCUGGCUAAGUUAGAGCUAGGACAUAAGCCCAUACCAUUUCCUGUUGUCUGUGUAGUGGGCUCUCUUUGCAGUAAGCUUCUUCUUGGAAGCAUCAAUGGCUGUUUUCAUGGUGAUUCUUGCUCUCAUCUUCUUCAUGCUUUCUGCUUGCACUGCUUUGUUGAAAUGGAAUGAGCUCAGAUACAGAAAGAAAGGUCUUCCUCCUGGUACAAUGGGUUGGCCUAUUUUUGGUGAGACUACUGAGUUUCUUAAACAAGGUCCAAACUUCAUGAAAAACCAGAGAGCAAGGUAUGGCACUGUUUUCAAAUCCCACAUUCUGGGUUGUCCUACAAUUGUGUCAAUGGAUCCAGAGCUGAACAAAUACAUCUUAAUGAAUGAAUCAAAAGGCCUGGUUCCUGGCUACCCUCAAUCCAUGCUUGAUAUCUUAGGCAAAUGUAACAUUGCAGCCGUUACUGGCUCCAGCCACAAAUACAUGAGAGGAGCAUUGCUUGCUCUCAUCAGUCCCACCAUGAUCAAAGACCAGCUUUUGCCAAAAAUCGAUGCCUUCAUGAGAAGCCAUCUCGGUCAUUGGGAUAACAAUAUCAUUAACUUACAAGACAAAACCAAGGAGAUGGCGCUUCUUUCUUCACUUAAGCAGAUUGCCAGUGUGGAAUCUAGCUUGAUAUCUCAGAAAUUCAUGCCUGAGUUCUUUAAGUUGGUUUUGGGAACUCUGUCGCUGCCAAUAGACCUGCCUGGCACAAACUAUCGUCAAGGGUUAGAUGCAAGGAAAAAUAUUGUAUCCAUGUUGAGACAGUUGAUAGAACAGAGAAGAGUUUCUCAAGAGACCCACAAAGACAUGCUUGGUUACCUAAUGAGAAGUGAUGAAAAUAGAUACAAAUUAAGUGAUGAAGAGAUUAUAGAUCAAAUAAUCACUAUUUUGUACUCUGGUUAUGAGACUGUGUCCACUACUUCAAUGAUGGCUGUCAAGUAUCUCCAUGAUCAUCCAAGAGUCCUUCAAGAGCUAAGAGAAGAACAUUUGGCAAUCAGAGAAAGGAAAAGGCCAGAGGAUCCAAUUGAAUGGAAUGACCUUAAAUCAAUGAGAUUCACUAGAGCGGUGAUCUUUGAGACCUCAAGAUUAGCUACAAUUGUUAAUGGGGUUCUGAGGAAAACCACAAAAGAAAUGGAACUCAAUGGAUAUGUCAUUCCAGAGGGAUGGAGAAUUUAUGUAUAUACGAGAGAGAUAAACUAUGACCCUUACUUACAUCCAGAUCCAUUAGUCUUCAACCCCUGGAGAUGGCUGGAUAAGGGUUUGGAGCCUCAAAACUAUUUGUUUAUCUUUGGUGGGGGCACCAGGCAAUGCCCUGGAAAGGAGCUUGGAAUAGCGGAAAUUUCAACUUUCCUUCACUACUUUGUAACAAGCUACAGGUGGAAUGAAGUUGGAGGAGAUAAACUAAUGAAGUUUCCAAGAGUUGAAGCUCCAAAUGGACUGCACAUUAGAGUCUUAUCUUACUGACUAACCUGUUUAUGUACAUACAGCAGAGAGAGAUUGUAACAUAUCAAAGAGAUUAAUAGUAUAUGAUAAUUUUCUAACA